AGUACAUUAGGGAAGGCAGAGUACGAAAGUUUCGAACAAGCCAUACAAACAUAAUUGAUGAUUUGACGUUGGUUUUGCUGCUCCGCGAGCCGGCCAGUGGAUUGGAAGUGUCCUCCUUCGAAAGACCCUGCUGUCGGCAUCCAGCAUCCCUUGCACGCCCCUGUCGGCAUCCGUAACGGAACCGAACAACCCGGCGGUCAAUCCGGAAUUAUCAAGAAUCGUGCUUCUGCAACAUGUCGGAUAUCGUUGUACAGAGCCAGUGAGGUCCUGAGAUCUCCGCACGAUGGCAGAGGAGGAAGAGGAGCAGCCGGAGGCCCCCGUGGAGGAGCCUCCGUUCUACGAGCCGGCGAAGGGAAGUGUGGCCAAUGAGCUGGAGUUGGUCUUUGACGACCUCUACCCGGACAACUCCGUCAAUCUCGCACGGACGCAGCUCGCUGGACGUAUGCUAGUGCCUUUUUCGGAAGUCGCAUGCCUGUUUUUUCUUGUGAUUUCAUGUCUCUCUUGUUGUCUUUGUCACCUUCAUUUUCAUGCGAGUUGGAGUAGGCUUAUCUAUCUCUAUCAUGGCUACCCUUGAUGUCCCACGCACGCCCUCCAGAUGAGCCUCCCGAGGCCCCGCCGCUCUCGCCGGAGGCGAAGAGGGCGCUCCAGGAUGUGGAUGUCACGGCAGAGAAGGAGGCCAUUAAGAAGGGCGCGGACGCGCUCAAAGCAGAAGAGAAGCGGAUCGACAACGUGCAGGAGUACCUCCUCGCACAGAAAUAUGGAAGUGUCAGAAUCGAAAUUGACAAAGUCGAAAAAUUUGCGAUGCACAAAAUCGAUACCAGUUGAAGCCUCAGCUUUCAAGUGGCGCAUGACAAAUUUCGGGAGCACCAAAAUCCAGUUUGCAAUGCUGUUUGGGGAAAGAAGACUGCUCCUGUCAUGCUACUCUGGCAGCACAUUCUAUACCCCUAAACAGGCUAAGGCUUACAAUCGGUCUCAUUUGCCUGCUCCCCAAUACAGGCCGCCAGUGCGCUACAUUGAUUUUACGCAUCACAAUUUUUUCGAUUUUGUCGAUUUCGAUCCUGACACACCCAUAAGAAAGCGCAGGCCCACCACGAGGACCUGGAGAUCGAGGAUUAUUUGCUGUCGCAAGGGCUGACGAUAAAACACCAGUACCCGGUUGGGGAAACCAUGUACAACCUGGACCAGGAUCGCAUCGAGCGCGACAAGCUGCUCGAUCCCCACAAUGCAGUCAUCCCCGUGGAAACGGAGCAGGCCAUUGCCAUCGGCGCGAAAAAGAAGCAUCCAAACUACCUGUUGAAAGCGAAACCAGAGGCACCAACGUACUACAAGAACACGGCCAGUUUGGCGAUACGAAAAGAGGUGCGAGGAAUCACGAAAGUGUACACGGAGGAACAACGAAAAGAACUGCAGAACAGGCACAGUAUGGAACGAAUUUUUGUUUUUGAUGAAAUGUAAGGCUGAGCCUGAGUAGUGAGUACUUAUUAACAAAGCAGUUUAAUAUCGGUAGACAGUACGACCCAUACACAAUUUUGAGCUUUAGCAAAUUGGACGUUGUUUUUGCAAAAACAAACACAGCCACCCGGCCCAAGCGUCCUCGUCCAAAAGUGCUUCCAGCGUCGGAACGGGAGCAGAACGCACAGAUUCUGCGACGCAUGACCAUUCCCACCGACUUCCUGCGAAAUCCGCGAUACGUGCCCCGGGACGAGGGCAAGUGCCCCUUCCGGAUCACCCCGCGCGAGGUCACUUUUGAGGGCUACGAGCUUGGCUCUGUCUACGAAAUAAAAAUCGAAUUUCUCAACUGCGAGGGUUUGGGAAGAAGACUAAGGUACAAUAAGUCCUGAAACACGGCCUAGUUUGCUGCGAUUCAUUUUCCAUGCGGGACUUUCGCAGAGGGGGCCUCUGCAGCCUUUUGUGACUACGGAUAUUAAUGCACCUCUGUGUGAGCCGAUGCCGAAGUAGUAGUAGAAGUAGAGCUCCUUGAUGUGUCAGCUGUCAGAGUCAGACGGUGUCGCUUACGCUUUGGAAUUUAAAAAAUCAGGCUCGUUCCCUUCGAAACUUCGGUGUUUUCCGUGUCCACGGGCUUGACAUACGAGAACAAAAACGUCGGUCGGGACGCGUCCAUUGCGCCCGGUAUGAAAGCGUACCUUUCUGUGUGGUUUUCGCCACAUGACCUGAACGACGUCAGCGACGUGUUGUAUGUUCAGACCGAGCAGGGCAAAUUUGGCAUCCCUCUGGCCGCCCGGCGGUUCCAGCCGGAACUGCAAAUGGACGAGAAUCCGAUUCAAAUGGGCUACGUACUCGCUGGGGGCAUGCUGCAGAAAACAAUCACGGUGAAAAACGUGGGCGGCGAGGGCGCGUUCCGUUUCAUCUCACCCGAGGUUGGGGAGGAGGACGGACUGCCACCGGAGGCGCCCCCGCCACAAACGGCACCGACCUCACAGGGGUCGGCUUUGACGGGAACGAGGACAGGUACGGUUUUAUUUGUAGAUCGGUUGUUGUUCUUUCGACAUCAUUGUUCUGCAAUGGGAACAAAAACAAAUUGAAAAUGUUGAUUUUGGAAGUCGUCUCUUUGAGCGUAGGAUACCAGAAUGCAAUGUUCACAUCUACCUCCUUUCGCACUACAAAAAUAGACACCACUUUAACGGGGAAGACGAUCUCCGGGCCGUACUACGAUGUCUCCAACCCAGAAAGGAUAACCUUCGUCCAUGGCGCGUUCCGUAUAUCGCCGGCGAGUUUCUACCUGGAACAUGACCAGAUUUGCGAGAUCACCGUGCUUUUCCAGGACAACGCUAGCGUCGCCAUCGGGACGACCAACUUGCCCUUCCUGCUCGAGGCCAACAAUUACACUUCUAUGGAGGGGUCGAUCGAGGUGCUGGUAGACACGCUCCGCGUGGAACUCACCGGGUUCGCGAAGGAACUCGCGCCGAGUUUGUCCCGUGCAGCGGCAGCGGGUGGAGGUGCGAAGGACGACCACGAACGUACGAGCAGUUCUAUCGCCACGAAAAAGCUAGCAAUCCAGGACCAAGCGGACGACGGCGUAAUACGACCCGUGCGCCCGUCGUCGCCAGCAAAAUCUAAGCCGUUUUCUCAUGCAAGUAUCUAUAAUAUUAGUACGAUUCUGUCUCGGUUUCCGAUUUUCGCCUGUCCAAGUGGUUUCUUUUAGAGAAUUCAUUGCAAAAUUACUUCUUCUGCACUACUCGGCGCCGUAUAAUUUCUGGGAUCCGGUGGAAAGGGCACUGAACUUGAACACGCAACAUCAAAUCAACAGGUGAGGACGUGUGGAGCGUGGCUCCGUGGCAGCUGCGGUUUCAAAUCCAGCUCCCAGCGGAGGAAUCGCUCUCCAAGUACCUCGUCUGCAGCAACGGCAGCCACCUCCCCAUCACGGUGCAAUGGAUCUUCGUAGAGCCCCCGCCCCCCGUGGCGCAGGCGGUUGCGCAGGGGAAGCUGGCCACCCUCGAUCAGGAGCUGCUCGAAUCGAUGACGACCUGGACAGAAAUCCCCACGAGCGAUGCCCCUUUCCGCGUGUCGGCGGAAACUGCCGUGUUGCCUCCGUUUUCGCAGGAAAGGUUCGAGUUCGUCUACACGCCCCUGCAAACCAAGAGCGUGAACAAACGGGAGGUGUCGCAUAACUGUUUUGCAUACCUGUGCGUCGUGGAAAGCAAGCGGGAAAAGGCGUGCUCUUCCACCUCGGAGCAGCUCAGCAUGCAGUCUUCGCUCCAGCCCGAGGGCUACACGCCCGGGCUUCCGCUCGCCGCGAACAAGUGGCACGAGCGGCUGUCCAUGGCGGGGCUGCCGAGCACCGAGGCGAACCCUCUGGCAAUCGACGUCUCCAAGGAGGACUACAAGUUGAUCGCCCCCACGGAGCCCGUGCGCACGAGCGUGUGCCUCAUGUACGCCGUAAACUUGAUGGGAGCCCAGACCCCGCCGCAAGUAACCAUGUCGCCCAGCGUGGUCACGUUCGCGAACGACCCCGCACCCUUUCUUACGCACAGAAGCACGGUAGUCUUGUCGAACUCGGGGUCUCAGGUAAGUACUCAAGAUGUCUUUGUUUGUUGCCCAGAAGAUAUGUAGACGCGCCGGCAAAAAAAUUCAUAUCGGGAUGCAUUCUCUGUUCCUGGCUGUCGUCAUUGUUCUCUUUUGCAUUCGUCGAAACCUUCGAAGUUAGAGCAGGUCGUGCUGCAAGCCAAUUUACUACUGUAAUCCUCCUUGUCCUUGCAUCAUCGUCCGCAGGUAAUGAAGUACCGAGUCCGAACGACCGCUCGCAAACGGGAAAACGCCCGAGGUUCGAAGGGUGUUCGAACGGACUACCACGACGCUCUCUGGAUCGUCGGGAGUGGAACCGACGGGGCGCGGGACACCGAGAGGCCCUACCUCGAGACCAGCGAAGGGUGGGAGAAGCUAGAGAAACUCGCGGCAUGGUACGACGAGCAGUGGCCGCCGUUGCCCCCGACGCUGCGCGCCGACCCCUAUGCGUCGAAGCCGACGGAGGACGGCGAACUCUUUCCGCUCCACCAUUCCAACCUUGCCACCGACGCGGAGCACUUGUCACCACGCUCAAAAAGCAAAUCGAGCUUCUCAAAAGACCCAUCUGGAGGUGCAAAUACCGCUACUUUUGCGGGGCAACAUGGCAGCGACGCGCCGAACUUUGAGGGAACCGCGCGGUCGGAGGCGCGCGACCUGCUUGCGUACCCGGAUGACCCCAUCCGGAAGAGCCCGGACAUGGAGCUGGACGAGCUGGGGAAAAGCAUGACGCAGUUCGACAAAGAGGAGGACCUGAGGAAGAGCGGUGACUACGAAAAAUACAUGCAGGAAACCCACAAGUCGCUGAAGGACCUCCUCACCGCGGAGGAGCGCGCGGAAAUCGUGUUUAGCAGCCACGACGCGGCGGUCGAAACCAAGCGCGAGUUCAAGUUGCAGAAGGAAAAAGAUUUGGAGCCCUUUCGAACGCAAUCCCUCGAGGAUACGACGUCCAGCAGCGUCCUUGCCGCAACCACGUUGCCCGACGAGGGGUUUGGUGCGCUGGCCGUGCUCGGGAUCACGCCCGGCGACGGGGAAAUCCCCGCGAAAGGCAAGGUGGACUUGCAGCUCUUCUUCCGCGCAGCCGUAGAAUGCGACUUGGACGCUUUGGUAGAAAUUGAGAUUGGGGACGCGGUUUUUCCGUUCCGCGUGAUCGCCCCGGUGCGUGCGCCUAAGCCGGUGUUUCGAAACUGCGCGGUGCUAGACUUCGGUAUCGUGCUCGCAAAGGAGACGCACAACUUGAAGAUGGAGAUCUUCAAUCCGACGGACUUGCCAACGGUCGUGAAAUUGAGAACCUGCGACCGCGCGACGAGCCAGCAAUUCUGUGUCGCGUCCGCUUUUCGGCCAAACGCCAUGGUGCAACGGGGGAAUGAACUUUCGCUGGAGGAGUAUGAGCGUGACAAGUCAGAUUUUUACAGCGUCUGGAGCAGCUUCGCCGCGGUCGUCAAGGAAUUCCAAAACGCAGUGGCGGGCAAAACGCUCUUCUCUGAAGGCGGUCAGGACAGUUGGGAGCACAGCCUCGUAUCGACAUCAAAUCCACAGACGGACAAGGUUUCCUUCUUUCCGCAGUUUCUGUUGCUGCCACCAAACGGGAAGAGAGACGUCUUCGUGACUCUGCGGGCACGGAACGAAGAGUCCGUCGAUGAGCUGGCGAAAGUCCUCACCUACGGCGCGCCGACGAGCAGUACUGAGAUUUCUUCCAAGUAGGAAAGUAGGCAUCAGCACUGAUUUCCCUGACCCUGCGUACGCGACUUCUCAUGCAGCACGAAUGAACUUCUACGCAUGUCAACGUAUGAUUAUGAUAUACAACAGGUAACCAGUGGAUUCAGGUCCUGGCCAGCGUCCAGCGGCCUCGUGUCGUGAGCAGCAAGAGCCAUUUCCACUUCGCCAUCACCUACACCGGUGAGAUAAGCGACGAGGUGUUCACGCUCCGCCUGAAAAACACGGCUGGUGUGGUGGCUCCGCUGAAGUGGCGACUCCCCGGCGCGGACCAGCCGCUGGAGGUUUCGCUGACCCCCAAGUCCGUGUCGGCCUCCGGCGUGGAAACCAUGAGCAAGUUGGACCAGAUCGGGCCGGAAUCCUUUAUCGAGAUGGAGGUUCGCGUGACGCCGCGCGUCGCGCUCGCGGCACGCCAAAGCAAGGAAACCCGCGUGGACGUGAUGGUGGAGGUGGCGGGGCAGCCGUUGCCGCUCCGAAUCACCGUCACCGCAGUGGUGUUUGGUUUAGAAGUGGACUACCUGGUCCAAUCCCCUCUGGAAGAGAAGUGGCCGGAGAUCCCGUACCUCAGACUCCCCCGGGCGAUGCUGACCGAGAAGCAGAUUCGUGCGACCGCCUGCCAUCCGGUGUACAAGGACCUGGACUUGCCACAGGUGACCGGUUUUAUGCAGGUGGGCCGCAGCGGCACGGGCAUGUUCACGCGGUCACAGUCCCGUUCUGGGGCGCUGACGCGCGGGUCCACAUCCGCCGUUAGCUUCACCUCCGCCGCCAGUAGCAGUCGUCGGACCGGCGCGAGUUUGCGCAGCGGCCGGGGGUCCCAGAGGAGCCAGGGCCCGACGGCCGACACCAAAGCGCUCGACUUCGGCAGCAUGCCCCUGCUGGGAAAGCGGCACUUGCGACUUCUGCUGUACAACCGCACGGGCAUCCCCGCCGAUUGGGCCGCACAUAUGGGCAAAUACAAGGCCUACGUGGCACCGCCGAAAGAGGGUCAAACCAGCCUCCAGAACCGCCCGGCGUCGGGCAAAAGAAAAAACAGCGCCGAAAAAUUCAUCCUCGACGACAAGCACGAGACGCAGGUGUUCUCCAGUGCCAUGGGCCAGGAGUACGCGAUGGAAAAGUUGAACAAGGCCGCAGGAUCGCUAAACCUCAAAUACGGGCUCGGUUUUGCGGUCGCUUUGGAGCCAUCGAGCGGCCGACUUGAGGCUUUUGGCAUGCAGGUAUAAACAAAACAUGUUUAUGACCAGGUGCUGUUUUUUGUGCGGGAAAAUACAUACAUAGAUAGAAACGGUUGAUGUUCAUUCUUGUUCCCACCACACUGUAGUUAAAAGUUAUCCGUACCAGUAUCUCCCCAUUGGCAUUGCUAUUGCAAAAUAAACAGGUUAUCGACUGCUAUUGCUACUCCGAUUUGCCCGGCACCAUGACGGAUCACGUGCAUCUCCGCAUUGGUUCCCUUCCGGAGUUCCUGGUCGACGCGAAAGUAGUGAGCAGUGGCAACCCGUUGUACCUCGCGCCCCUGCAGGUCGGCCUGAAUCUGAACGCCGAAGAGCAGGAGAAGAAUUCCGCUGCCGGUAAGCACCCCGAGCUUUCCUACGGCACGCUGGUUUUAGCCGACCGAAUAACAAAGCGGCGAUUGCGAUUGGGCAACCUCAGCAGCGCCAACAUUGACGUGGAGUGGCGGUAUGUGAAGCAGCAAGCCAUCGACUUGGCCGCGCCGGCGCGAACCUUCUCGGAGCUGCUGCUCGCCGACCAGGAGGGCGCGGGCGGCACCGAGGACUGCGGCUGGAGCAUCGCCGGGCUCGACCCACAGCGCAUGCAACUCCCACCCAUCGAGCCUUUCAACAUCGCGCCGGAAAAAGGCCGGGUGCACAAACACUCGCUUGCCGACUUCGACACCACACUCAAGACAGACUCCGUGGGCAAGUACCACUACAAACUCAUGGGGAUCGGCAAAUACGCAGCCAAGCCCGGCGCGGCGGGGCACGACGGAGACCACGCGCAUGAGGAGGAAGGUACGAAAAAAAGCUCACGUUGUACCUACUGGACAAGAUGUACGAAUGAUCGCAUUUUUGAAAAUUCAGAGCUGUUAGUUUUAUCGAAAUGUCACUGUCAGCACUGUUCACCACACUUGCAGAAAACCCACGAAAAAAUCUCUGUUGUUCGCAAAAUCACAGCACCACCAGCAGCAUCCGAGCCGCAUUUGAACCUGACGAGCGGCGGUGCGGUAUCUUCGUCCAUGAAGAUGCCCUCGGAAAAGGCCCUGGUCGAAACGCUCCCGCAACUGGAACUCGAUCACCUGAACGACUCGGAUUCGGAUGCUGACCCGGCGGAGUUGAUCGUUCUCGAGCCCCAGCCCGGCGAUGAACCAGCGUCCCCGCCCAAGGACAAGAAGAAGCGAAAGCGGGCCAGAAUAGCGCCGGCCGACGUCGCUGCCGCCGGCACAAGUGGUAGCGCAUCCUCGAGUGGUCCGGGGAAAGUGGUAGCAGGCACGAGUCCGUCCUCAUCGUCCAGACAGCUGCCGCCGAAACUCGACGACAACAAACUGGCAAGCAACGUCGACAACGUGGUUUCCACGGUGAUUGUGGAGUGCGUCGGCGAGUGUGUCGUUCCGAAAUUGCACCUCGACCGCAAGACGAACCCCAGCUACGGCGAGCCAAUCGUGAAAUUCUUCGCGCAAAGCAUGAACCCAAUACCAAACUUGUGGACCAAGAACCGCGUGGGCCCGAUAGCAGUGGGAGGCGGAAACCUCGACCCAGCACCGGGAAUAGCACUUGGUAUAGUAAAUGUUUAAGGCGGUCUUCAUCGUCAUGAUGCAUUCAGCGUUUUCGCUUCGAUGCUUCAGUAAUAUCAUGACUUCGGUGAGCGUAAGUAAGUACUUGUUGGCGUACAUGUACAAUUUCAAGCUGUAGUUCAGCUUUCACUUGGUUGAUGCCUUUUAUCGGAUGGCUCCUGCUCGCAGAACAAACGGUUACAAAAAUCACUACCCAGGUCUCAUCCGCAAAGUGGUCUUCACGCAGGAUUUACCGUGCUUCGUGCAUUGUCGGUUUCGCGUGCCGCACGGUCGUUUCCGGAUACUGAAACUCGAGCAGGUCGGGAAGCAGCCCAUAUUAGGCGCUUUCCUCACAAAAGAGCAGGACAGCGAGGAUCGGUUUAAGGUGUGCUUGAAGCACAAGGAGGUGGUCACCCUUAUCGUAAGGAAAAAUCCCCCCUCCCCAUAUCGAAAACGGAAUUUGUGAUGCUGUAUUUGAGGCGUGAGGCGUGACAUGAUGCUGUAUUUGAGUACACAAGUCGACCUGUAAUGCUAGAAGGCCAAGAGCCGCAGUUGUGGCCUCGUUUGCGGGCAAUUUGUCAUGCUGUUUCCCACUUCCAUUUGCUUCCUGUCAUGCUGAAGAUGCAAGGCUUCCCCACGCGACCCAGCACUACAGUCCGCAUCUUUUCCCUUCUAGCAUGACAAAGCUGAUUUGUGACUGCAAACCUGCAUCGCAGAUUUCCGUUUUGAUAUGGGGAGGGGGGAUUUUUCUUCUUGAUAACCCUUCUCGUUGAGUUUGUGCCCCCAAAAACUUGGAGCAAGCCGACGGAAAAGUUCGAGGGCGCGCUCUGGAUCGAGUACCCCAUCGACCAGCACACCACCACCCCGGCGGCGGCAACUUUUCAUCCGCCGCAAGUGAUCCGCCUCGAGGGAACGGCAAAGAAACCGGAGCUCCAAAUGGACAUCGUGCCAAUAGUAGAGACCGAGCCGCCGCUCCCGAUACCCAGCUACUACCCGCCCUGGGGGGAACCGCCUUUACCUGUGGUAAUUUUUGUACAGUAGCUCUUUGAAGAUCACGUAUUUUUCGUCGCCUCCAGUCGGUUUUCAACUUGCCUUGCAUACUUUCAAAAAGAACAAAAUGGAAUUCGAAUCUCGUCAGGUCGAGUUUUCAUACCUGCACGUGGAGGCGAACAUGCCGAGGAAACGGCAGCUCAUUCUGUCCAACCGGUCCAACGUGGUGGCGAAAUGGAAGCUGUUUCACGUCAAGGCGCCCGCGCGCUCCAAAGAGCAAUACACGGUGCGCGAAAGAGAAGAGCAAAGUCUCGACGAUCCGACCGCAUUCAAGUUCGACAUCGUGGAAGGCACUGUGUGCGGACCUUCGCAACGGAGCAGGCUUUUGCCGGUAUUUUUUGCAUUUUGUGGGUCCACGAUUCUUUUGCUUUUUCGAUUCCCUUUGAGUUUGACUUAUCGUAUCAGUCGUGAGUUAAAGGGCUUAGGGCGCAGGUUUGGGCCUCAUAGAGACGAUGGUGGUAUCGUAGCUUGCUCCUGAAUGGCCGCCGGUAGAAGUGCAAAGAAUGUUAAAUAACUGCCUUCUCGGAAUGACCCAACCUCAUCGACUACCUCCAGGUUGGCCCCGCCCUUCCGGUUGCGUGGGGUCACGACGAUGCGGAGUUGUACGAGCCGCAGGAGCUGCUCAUCACGUUUGCGCCGAAGUUGAACCGGCUUUAUAAGUGCGAGUUUAGGCUGCAGGUCGACAACGGCAAUCCCGUCAACUUCAUCUGCACCGGCACCGGAAGCUACGAUGAAGAAGACGACACCAUGGAGCUCAUCGAAAGUUAGACGGGAACGGGCCGUAGAAGUCGUAGUAGUACCCAUCGCAGUCUUUAUCUUCGUGUAUCAACGAACAAAGAAAACCAAAUUAUCGAGCAAAAGAUAAAAAGAAGUAAGUAGACAGAAAGACACGACAUAGCACUGUUUUAGACAGAGGUAUCACGACAAUGUUUGUAGAGGAAGCCCCUGACACUUGUAAGAACACAAAAGUCAUGUAUCAACCACAACGAGCAUGAGCAUCCUUUUUUCGCUCGCUCAGCUUUUUUACUUUCAAUUCCGUGACUUUGUUUCAUUCUUACCAAGCACAAGCAGCCAAGUAACAAGCUGGGAACGCGUUGCGUGGACAUUUUCCACGCUAUCCGCGACGUUCUUGCUGUCCCAAUGAGUAUCAAGGUAAUAACGCAAGAAGUGUACCGCUUUGCGAGAAGGGGCUCUCAAACCUCGAGCUCUUGUGCCAAAUAAAGGUGGCGGCAGAAAUAAAGCGUAUCAUGUGAGCGCCGGCAUGUGCAAGCGGUACCGGCAAAAUGAAAACUUCGCUUGUCUCCCUUGAAUAGCGAAGGCGCGCUCUCUCAUCAAC